AUGAUGCACACCAUGUUUGCGUGGGUGAGCAGAAAAGUAGAGCAAGAAUUCAAAGUCACAGAAGCAGUGUACAGAGAUGAGUUGAUUACCAAAAAGAAAUCUGCAGGGCCAAGCAAGGCAGUGAAGAAAAGAGUGCGUUUCGCAGAUUCAGAACCUUCCAUUUCUGGAGAAGACAAGAACGAGAAGAAGAUGGUGAAAGGAAGGUGCAGUGAUGAUGAAUCAGGAUGCAAAGGAGGGAUUAGAGUGAAGGUAAAGAUGACGAAGGAAGAAGCGACUCGGUUGCUGUCAAAAUGCAAAGAAGGAGGAGUUCUCGAAUUCAAGGACGUUGCACGUGAGCUCGUGUCCCUCCCAGUAGACCGAGUUAGGGUUGUGUCUACUCUACAACAAUGA